CAUGUACUGUGGCCUCACAAUGGGCAAGUCCUGAUUGAUCCUAUGGCUGGCCGAGAGGAUGAUCCUCUUUCGAUCUACCUCAUGACCCUCCGGCCAAUGCACCAUUUUCCUGUCCACUCAAUCACGACCUGGAUGGGGACGGGUGAAAUUGUGCUCACUGCGCGAGAUUGCGCCUUUGUCAAGGAUCGACCUUUCACUCGGGCAUUUCUUUUGGAGUGGGAGGAUUUCCAUGAGGAAGGUCCAUUCCUGAUUGCGCUGGUACACCCAGAGAUGCCUCCUUUGAGUCUGCGAGUCUCAUCACUGCACCUUGUUAGCCUGACAAGACGCCAGCAAGCUGCACAGGAUAGAAUCUUUUUGAUUGACAUCCUCUUUCAAGGGCUUCCGCGAAGAACUGCUGUCCGUGUGUCCGUUGGAGACACAGUCAGAGAGGUGGUACGAAGGCUUGAUCUUCUGCAUCUUUGUGGUCCUACGCGAUACCGCUGUGUUUUAACGCAGUAUGAAGGGUCGAAGGAGUGGAAUCUCUUUGAUAUCAUUGAGGAGCCGCAUGCGACGAGUUUCAAGCUCUUAUUCCGAAACCAUGGCAGAGAGGCGCUGUGUCAACGAUCUGUCCCAGAAGCUCAACCAGCCGAUCUGACCAGCCUGAUGCAAGGAGCUGCCAACCCACCUACUCCUCUGACCUUGUAUUUACGAGGUUGGAGUCAUGCCAAAGGAGCUGCAACGUUCUGGGUGCAUUGCCGUGCUGAUGUUAUGGUACAGCAGUAUUCGGCUAUCUGCAGUUUUGAUUGGCCGAGUCUGGCUGACGAGCAGUGUGAAAGCCUAUGGCAACAUUGCCGUCCAUGGCAAGAGCUCAAUGUGGUCCCUGUGGACCCGCCGCCAGUGUUUCUGGUAUUGCCGCGACCACAUGUGCUGAUUAUUGGAAGUCCCAUAGGUGGUGACUUGCCGAUUCUUUGUCAGGUACAUGAAAGAGGGCGGCAUAAUUUGGUCUCUGUGCUGGUGCCGUACCGGUCUCCUGAUAUUGCAGUGGCGACUCUUUUCCACCUUGCAAUCCCACAGCAUGACUGCGAGUUCGGGUCCCAAUGCUAUGUGGUUCAUGAUGAUGAGAGAUUCCUGUACAGGCACGAAUUGCGGUUACAUCAAGGAGCUUUUCUUAAGCUUUAUGAAGUUGCUCGUACGGAGUCCGACUAUGACCCUACAUGCAGCGGGGACUCAGAGGACAACCAGUUGUCUGAUGCCUUGAGUGUGACGAGUGACCCUGACUCUGGGCUGGGCACUGCCUCUGAGCUGGGCCCGAUAUCAGAUUCUUUGAUCUUUGAGGACUUUGCUAGCCUGAUGCAGCGACACAGUUUGGGAGCAGAUGUUGCUACACAUCAAGUGGUUUUUCCACGAGCUGUCUUGCAAGAAGAGGGAGGAUUCCCUCCAUGGCUGCAGCGUGAACUUCGCUCCUUAUGGCGUGGGCAAGCUCGGAUCUUUCCUCUCCAGUCUGCGCCUUAUGUUGACUUACGGAUUGCAGUGCUGUUGCAAGCUGCCUUUGGCCAUGAGUUACCUGUCUUGCUGGAGAUCCACGAACAACAGGACACCUGGAGGGAGAUCCAUGUGGUGACUCAGGCUGUGACAGUCAACAGCCUCAUCUGGAGGUCACGCUUACCACCGAUUGUCCCGGAGACACAACAUUAUCAGGUGGCUCUUUCUGGGGAACAAGCUGACCCAGGCGACCUGAUCCCCUGGGUACCAGGGCAAUGGCUGAGUGUUAUUGUUGGGCCAUUAGGGCAGUUCAACGGAGAGGGCACCACUGUGUCGUCAUUGGGCCCAUCGUUGCCUUCUUUGAGUACUUUUGUUGCUAGUCAAGUGGCGUCGUCGUCUCUUGAAAUGCAUGGUGCUGAUCCCUUGGAUGAUGCGAUCCAAGAUACGGCAGGGAGGCCUCGGUCACCUGAUAUCGGGGAAUCUGACUACCCUAGGGUGACUGAGGAUGAUGCCUCAUUUCUCUUUCAAGCCCAGGUCCGCAGCAGAUCCAGUCAAUGGAUUCGUGGUCCACGAUCCUGGCUUGAUCGAGAAGAGCCACUACAGAGUGAGCGAAGUCGAUUCCUUGAAUGGCGGCGGCAGAUUGACUUCACUCGAAGAACUACAGAUUUUUACAGUUUUGAAUACUUCUCGAAUGAAGCUGUCGCGAUUUGGACUGCAAGAGAACAAUGGCCUGACUUUGUGAUCUACUCGACCAAAGAUGAGAGAAUCACUCAUUGGGGCCUUGCGGUUGAUCAGUUUUUUGUCCUGGAGAGAUAUGAGUUUACCACCAUCGUCCGAGACUAUCUUCGCAGUGCCAUUCCUUUCCAUGUAAAGGCCGUAUUGAUCCCUGUGAAACCGUGGCCGGGUCUUCAUGAACAAUAUGGAGAUGACGAUCUCUUUCUACUUGUGGAUGAAGAUCCUUUGCAAGAUGCUAUCCCAGUCAUGAUCAGUCUGUGGAUUCGUGAUGGGGAUCGUGCCCCGGAAUUGACGGCCAGACGACUGCCUCUGCGGGUGACGACGCUGAUGCUAUUGCAAGUGUCCGGUGUUGAAGAGAUCUGUGCACACCAACUUUAUCAUUGUGAAGUGAGCCAUUUUGCACAAGAACUUCCUCGAUGGAUGCACUGGAAGCCAUUUCCUGGCAUGAAGAUCGAUAUCACUGUUGAUCUGCUCAGCCCGAGACAAUGUGACCUGUCUCAUAUGGAAUCUGGUGAGGAUAUAGUGAUGGUUACCGAUGAUAUUUCCAUGAUGCAAUCGAGCUCCAGUUCGAUGAGACGGGUGCCACGGGCCAGUGACAUGGACCCUAUGCUCCCUCUCCGAUCUGUGCAUACUUGGCAUGGGUCCUUCCUGGUUCCGAAUCCUGCGAAAGAUCAGGUGCGUAUUGGAAUCAGGAUGACUAUGCCGGGUAGUUUGGAGAUGCUUGCUUCCUUUGAUUUUCUUUGCUGGGGAGUUGUCUCAGCGACCGCUAUGUCUGUGACCUUGCGAAAGGUCCUUUUGAGAGAGGGCAGAUGGGAUGAGCAAUUCCAAAUUGCGGUGUCUGAGAUGAACAUUCCCCAGCCGACCCGCCUUGUUCUUGUUGCGGCUCAGCCGAUUGAGAGUCCUUACAAGCACAUGCUGGCUAUGACAGAUGAUCUUUUCCAUAGUAAUCCUGAGCGGACUGAUGACCUGCGAACCCAUUGGAUCAGCACCGACCUCCAGAAGUUGGAUGACUGGAACAUUGGUGAAACUGAGAUUUUUGUCUUUGAUUUCCCGAUUGCUACAUUGCGCCUGGCUGACUGUGUCUUGCCUUGCAGUGCGACGCAGAAAGAAGUGCUGACGUUGGCCGAUAAGAUCAACGGAUGCGAUAUUCAGAUGCCUGAUUUCGAGCCUUUGUACCAAAGCCUCCGUAGACCUUGGGUGAAUGCGGACAUUCGAUGGACCCCUUUUGUGAGCCAGCUCUCGGCUGAGCUACAGACAGAAGCUGCUGAUCUGCGCUUGGACCCUCCCCUAUCUGUGGAUAGCAUCGAGAUAUUCACUGAUGGGUCCUUCUCGAGAGCUUCUGACGAUAAGAUGGCUGGGUGGUCGUUGCUGGUUUUGGGAUAUUGUGCAUCUGAGAGGCACAUUAUUGACUAUGACUGGGGCUUAGUCCAGAUUGAUCCGAUGAAUCCAACGUGGACAGGAGCUGACUGCUCUAAUGCCAAAUCAGCUGAGGGU